AUGUCUGAGGACGGAGAUAAUUGCAGGGGCGAGGAAGUCAAGGCAAUGGACCCCGGAGUCCCUGAAACAUCCUCCCAAGUCCCUGAAACAUCCUCCCAAGUCCCUGAAACAUCCUCCCAAGUCCCUGAAACAUCCUCCCAAGUCCCUGAAACAUCCUCCCAAGUCCCUGAAACAUCCUCCCAAGUCCCUGAAACAUCCUCCCAAGUCCCUGAAACAUCCUUCCAAGUCCCUGAAACAUCCUCCCAAGUCCCUGAAACAUCCUCCCAAGUCACUGAAACAUCCUCCCAAGUCCCUGAAACAUCCUCCCAAGUCACUGAAACAUCCUCCCAAGUCCCUGAAACAUCCUCCCAAUCCCUGAUAACAUCCUACCAAGUCACUGAAACAUCCUCCCAAGUCACUGAAACAUCCUCCCAAGUCACUGAAACAUCCUCCCAAGUCCCUGAAACAUCCUCCCAAGUCCCUAAUACAUCCUCCCAAGUCCCUGAAACAUCCUCCCAAGUCCCUGAAACAUCCUCCCAAGUCCCUGAAACAUCCUCCCAAGUCCCUGAAACAUCCUCCCAAUCCCUGAUAACAUCCUCCCAAGUCCCUGAAACAUCCUCCCAAGUCCCUGAAACAUCCUCCCAAGUCACUGAAACAUCCUCCCAAGUCCCUGAAACAUCCUCCCAAGUCCCUGAAACAUCCUCCCAAGUCCCUGAAACAUCCUCCCAAGUCCCUGAAACAUCCUCCCAAGUCACUGAAACAUCCUCCCAAGUCCCUGAAACAUCCUCCCAAUCCCUGAUAACAUCCUACCAAGUCCCUGAAACAUCCUCCCAAGUCCCUGAAACAUCCUCCCAAGUCCCUGAUACAUCCUCCCAAGUCCCUGAAACAUCCUCCUCCCAAGUCCCUGAAACAUCCUCCCAAGUCCCUGAAACAUCCUCCCAAGUCCCUGAAACAUCCUCCCAAGUCCCUGAAACAUCCUCCCAAGUCCCUGAAACAUACUCCCAAGUCCCUGAAACAUCCUCCCAAGUCCCUGAAACAUACUCCCAAGUCCCUGAAACAUCCUCCCAAGUCCCUGAAACAUACUCCCAAGUCACUGAAACAUCCUCCCAAGUCCCUGAAACAUCCUCCCAAGUCCCUGAUACAUCCUCCCAAGUCCCUGAUACAUCCUCUCAAUCCCUGAAACAUCCUCUCAAGUCACUGAAACAUACUCCCAAGUCCCUGAUAACAUCCUCCCAAGUCCCUGAAACAUCCUCCCAAGUCCCUGAUACAUCCUCUCAAGUCACUGAAACAUCCUCCCAAGUCACUGAUACAUCCUCUCAAGUCACUGAAACAUCCUCCCAAGUCACUGAAACAUCCUCCCAAGUCACUGAAACAUCCUCCCAAGUCACUGAUACAUCCUCUCAAAUCACUGAAACAUCCUCCCAAGUCACUGAAACAUCCUCCCAAGUCACUGAAACAUCCUCCCAAGUCACUGAAACAUCCUCCCAAGUCACUGAAACAUCCUCUCAAGUCACUGAAACAUCCUCCCAAGUCCCUGAUACAUCCUCUCAAGUCACUGAAACAUACUCCCAAGUCACUGAUACAUCCUCUCAAGUCACUGAAACAUCCUCCCAAGUCACUGAUACAUCCUCUCAAGUCACUGAAACAUCCUCCCAAUCCCUGAAACAUCCUCCCAAGUCACUGAAACAUCCUCCCAAGUCACUGAUAACAUCCUCCCAAGUCACUGAAACAUCCUCCCAAGUCCCUGAAACAUCCUACCAAGUCACUGAAACAUCCUCCCAAGUCCCUGAAACAUCCUACCAAGUCACUGAAACAUCCUCCCAAGUCCCUGAAACAUCCUCCCAAGUCACUGAAACAUCCUCCCAAGUCCCUGAAACAUCCUCCCAAGUCCCUAAUACAUCCUCCCAGUCGUUGGUUGCCGUGAUACGUUUCCUCCCCGGCGCCGUGAAGCAAGUCCUCGCCACUCUCCGCGCCGCGCCAGUGUUCAUAAAUAGAUGCAAAUGUAGCCCUAAUCGAAUGCCCUGA